AUGGCCAAGGUCCUCGAGGCCAAACUCGCCGCCAAACCCGACCCAUCUACUCUGUCCUAUGUAGAAGAGGAUAUCAAUAUCACCGUGAGAGAUGGAGCAUCGAUUGCCGUUCGCAUCCACAAACCGAAGGCCAUCGCUGAUGAUGGCUGCCCUGUUCUGGUAGCGUUCCAUGGCGGUGGGUUCGUUGUUGGCGAUCUGGAGGGCGUAGGACCCUUAUGCCGGCUGUUCACAAAGCUUGGAGGUAUCGCGGUAAACGUGGAUUAUCGUUUGGCUCCAGAGCACCCCUUUCCUGUUCCCGUACAGGAUUGCUUCGAUGCUGUGAAAUGGACCGCUGAGAACGCGAGUGACCUUGGAAUCAACCUAUCAAAGGGCUUCCUCAUCGGCGGCGAGAGCGCAGGCGCCGACUUGGCUUUAGGUGUCACUCGUCUUUGGAUAGACGAGAAACAGUCGCCAAAGCUGACGGGCAUCUUCUCGUCCAUCUCCGGAGCCGCUACCGAGGACAGCAUUCCGGAAGAGUACCGAUACCGUUUCUUGAGCCUGAGGCAAAACGCCAAUGCUCCAGUCGUGACCGCAGACUCGAUAGAGUUCAUCAAAGACAUGUACAAGCCGGACCCGAAAAGUCCGCUGGCGUACCCGAUCAUCUCGCCGGAUCUGACUGGCAUUCCUAGAACGUACUUCCAGGCUUGCGGACUUGAUCCAGUGCGAGACUGCACGCUCGUCAUGGAGCAGGUUUGGAAGGAUGCGGGAAUACCAACCAAACUGGAUGUCUAUCCCUGCCUACCUCAUGGCUUUUGGGCACUUUUUCCUCACGCAGAAUUCAGCUAG